AUGGAAUUUGAUGGAAUAUACUCUUCUUUAUUCUGCGAUCAGUUCCUAUCGAGAUUAAUAAUGACUCAAAAUCCUUGGUUUGAUAUCGAUUUCGAUGUUAAUGAUAAUUUUGAUGAAUUUUCUGGCUCAUAUUAUGGAAUUUUUAACAGACAGCCAUAUGAAAUAGCAAGAUCGCUACCAAGACCAUUCAAUCCAGGAUACACUCAAAUUAAAAUUUCCAAAGUCGAAAAUUCAUAA